GGAGAUCGGACAGAAAGCGGAGAGCGUGCGUUUGGAUUGUGGAUGUGUGAGGCUGAGGGGUGUAGCGCGAUACGGUGGAAAACUGAGGCGAAAUAAAUUGUUAUUAACUUUUAACGUCUGUCAUACCGGGCACAAGAUUUGUGAUGCACUUAUGUGCAUAAAACUUUUCGUGUAAAAGGAGCCCAGCUUGUGCGCAGUGCUAAUUCUCCCUCCUGUUGCUGUGCUCGCGCAGACAAAGGAUAAGGAAUCGCCAUGCCUGGCAUGAAUUCAGCAGUGAAUCGUAAAGGUAAUCCAUUCUGUUUUUGCAUUUUGUAUUUCAUGGAUUUAUUUUGAUGCAUUUUAUUGAGGAAAUUGCUAUUUCAAUCUUGCUCUGCGCCCUGCGUGCGCGCCAUUCAGGCCAAGAAGAAACGGCCGAAGCGGCCGACGGCCAAGAUCAAGCAGCAGAUCCAGUCACAGGCGACCGGCGACCGGGCCAACAACCAGCACAAGAACGGCGACAACAAUAGGACCGAGUCGUCGCGGACGGAGGCGAGCGUCUCUGAGAAGGACAGCGCCGCCAGCGACGACGAGAAGGAGAGCAUCGGCAGCGACGACGAAAAGGAGGAGGAGAUCCUCGGCUCGGACGAUGACGAGCAGGAGGCGCCCUCCGACUACAAACCCGGCGGCUACCACCCGGUGCAGAUCGGCGACAUGUUCCACGGCCGCUACCACGUCAUCAGGAAGCUGGGCUGGGGCCACUUCUCUACCGUCUGGCUCUGCUGGGAUAUACGGGACAAGCGGUUCGUGGCCAUGAAGGUCGUCAAGAGCGCCAGCCACUACACGGAGACGGCGCUGGACGAGAUCAAACUGCUCAAAUGUGUCCGUGACAGUGACGAGGAGGAUCCGUCGCGGGAGCGGACCGUCCAGCUCCUGGACGACUUCAAAAUCAACGGCGUCAACGGCACCCACGUCUGCAUGGUGUUCGAGGUGCUGGGACACAACCUGCUGAAGCUCAUCAUCCGCAGCAACUACCAGGGCAUCCCCAUGCAGAACGUCAAAUCCAUCAUCAAACAGGUGCUGCAGGGCCUGGACUACAUGCACACCAAGUGUCAGAUCAUUCACACAGACAUAAAGCCGGAGAACGUGCUGCUCUGUGUGGACGAGGCGCAGGUGCGGCGGCUGGCCGCCGACGCCGCCCAGGUCCAGAAGAUGGGACUCAAACUGCCCGGCUCCUUCAUGGCCACCACACCAAAGCACCUGCAGCAACCCGACCCGUCCACACUCACCAAAAACAAGAAGAAGAAGCUGAAGAAGAAGGCCAAGCGGCAGGCCAAGCGUCUCGAGCAGAUGGCCGAGCUGACGGAGCAGUGGGAGCGGGAGCACGCCGAGGCCGGCGCCGCGACUGCUGCCGCCUCCGGCCCGGAGUUGAACGGAGCCGCCUCUGAGAACGGUGCCGGCGGGCAGAGCAGUCAGCCGGCGGCGGCAGCGACCAACGGGACAGGGAAGGACGGUCCGCCGGCGGCCACCAACGGGACGGGGACGGACGGCCCGCCGGCUCCCACCAACGGGACGGCGGAGGCGAGCCCGGCGCCGGCCGCCGCGGACUCGUCACCGGCAGCGGACCCGACACCAGCAGCAGACCCGGCGCCGGCCGCGGACCCGGCGGCGGCAGACCCGGCGGCAGCAGCAGAUCCAGUACCGGCAGCAGACCCGGCGCCGGCGCCACUGCAGAACGGCGCCGCUCAGCCCGCGGCGGACACACAGGAGGAGACUAAGGUGAACGGAGACGCCGCCUCCCCGCCUCCUCCGGCAGAGGGGGAGGAGGACAGAGCGGUGGAGAGGAGGAGGAGGGAGGCCGACCACCGCCGGAGGCCCGAGGACGAGCCGCACGACCCGCGCGACCGCACCGACCCCAGUGCAGAGGCCGUCAAAACCGCGAACCGCCAGAGUCUGGCCAACAUGGAGGUGGGCAUGGUGGAGCACGCGCAGGGCGGCGAGACGGUGACGCUGCCGUACGACCUGGAGGAGGCGGGCGCGGCGACACCGGCGGCCGGCGGGACGGCGGUGGACAGCGCUGGGGCGGCGCCGGCGCGGCGGGCCGAGCAGGGCGCCGAGCCGCCCGAGACACCGGCGGCGGCAGACGACGGUGCCGGCACGGCGCGGACCGGAGCCCCGCCCAGGAGACCCGACCCCGUGCACGAGGUGUGCGACAUCCAGGUUAAGAUCGCCGACCUCGGAAACGCCUGCUGGACGCACCACCAUUUCACGGAGGACAUUCAGACGCGCCAGUACCGGUGCCUUGAGGUGCUGCUGGGCGCCGGGUACGGUCCCCCGGCCGACAUCUGGUCCACGGCGUGUAUGGCGUUUGAGCUGGCCACCGGCGACUACCUGUUCGAGCCUCACACGGGUCAGAACUACAGCAGAGACGAGGACCACAUCGCGCACAUCAUCGAGCUCAUGGGAGACAUCCCCAAACGGAUAAUGUUCAGCGGCAAAUACUCGCGCGACUUCUUCAAUAGGAAAGGCGAGCUGCGUCACAUCUUCAAGCUGAACCCGUGGGCGCUGCACGAGGUUCUGAUGGAGAAGUACGAGUGGCCCGAGGCCGAGGCGCACGCCUUCGCCGAGUUCCUGUUGCCGAUGCUGCACUUUGACCCGGAGCAGCGCGCCACGGCUGCCGACUGCCUGCGACACCCGUGGUUCGACUCGUUGUGACGCGGCGCGGCCCGGCCGCGGCCGCCGCCCCAGACGGCCGGUAUUUUUGUACGCUGAGCGGCCGGCGGACGCGCGCGGCGCCCCAUAGCCCAAUGAUGUGACCGGCGCCGCGCAGACGUGAUUGGCGCACGGUGUGUGCGUUUAUGGCGCACCUCUGCACCGGCCGACUGUGACGAGUGUGGCGCGCCCGUUCGCUGCGGGACAGCUGUGACGCGCGGCGGCGAGGAGCGGCGCGCGCGCGGCGGCCGCUCGGUUGUGAGACGGACGGUCCUCGCGCGGUGAAAUGAACUCUGCCGCCCGGCGGCCGGGGACGCCCUCUGUGAGACGCGUCUGCCCGGCGGCGGCCGGAGCGGGCCGCGGGUCCGACUGCCGCCUCAGUGACUGCCGGCGGCCAGCACUGCCCUCACCUCAGCCAGAGAGACGGACGGCCGGCCGCGACAGGACCGAACACAAACGACUGGACCUCCCACUGCUGCACAAUCCCGACCGGCCGAGCGGCGCCGCCGAACACGCGGCAACACGCCACCGGCACACGGGCUCGGACGCUUUCAGUGAAAUGCCUUUCGUAUUGUUUCUGAUAGGGUAGCGUUGCGUGUGGCGAACAGUCCUGACGUCUGAGCGGGUUUCAGCUGUCAUUUGUCGUUGAUUUUCGCCCGGCGUCCGGCCGGCCGACGGCUGCUCACGGUAGCCGAUAUUGAACACGCCGUGCUGAUGCUGUUCACGCACGGCCGCACUGUUCUCCCUACCUUUGUGGCUGGUUCAUGUUCCGUUCAGUUGCUGCUUGAUGGACCCGAAUCGGUAGUUAAUAUAGGUUUCCAUGA